CACACACACACACGUCCUACGUUCGCAUCCUGGAUAUGAACACCUGAUUUUUCUUUUCUUUCUCAGCAGCAGGAUGGAGAGCUAAAGAAAAGAAAACAGAAACAAAACAGAUCGCCAUGCCCUGCGCUUACUGACUCACACACACACACACACACACAUUUCCAGCACAGAGAGAGAAUGAUUCAGCCCGAGCUCCACAAUCAUGUGUCUCCUAACACGGAGUCCGGACCUGCAGCCGCAGCUCCAGCAUCCCCCAGCCUGCUGCACAGGAUGCGCAGAGUCUUCACCAGAGAGCUCCUUCUCACACUGGCGCUGGGUCAGGUCCUGUCUUUGCUCAUCUGCGGGAUCGGACUGACCAGCAAGUACCUGGCCACUGAUUACCACGCCACCACACCCGUGUUCCAGUGCUUUCUCAACUACAUCCUGCUGUUUCUGGUCUACACCACCACACUUGCAGUCAGGCAGGGAGAGGAGAAUUUGCUGGCGAUCCUGAAGAGGCGAUGGUGGAAGUACAUGAUCCUCGGCGUGAUCGAUAUCGAAGCCAACUACCUGGUCAUUAAAGCUUACCAAUACACCACACUUACCAGUGUACAGCUACUGGACUGCUUCGUCAUCCCUGUCGUGCUCCUGCUGUCCUGGUUCUUCCUGCUGGUGAGGUAUAAGGUGGUGCACUUCGUCGGCGUGGGCGUCUGCCUGCUCGGCAUCGGCUGCAUGGUGGGAGCCGACGUGCUGGUGGGACGACAGCAGGGUCUUGGAGACCACAAGCUACUGGGAGACCUGCUGGUUCUGGCUGGUGCCACAUUAUAUGGCAUCUCUAAUGUGUGUGAGGAGUUCAUUGUGAAGAACUUGAGUCGUGUAGAGUUCCUGGGCAUGAUGGGCCUCUUCGGUUCCUUCUUCAGCGGAAUCCAACUGGCCAUCAUGGAACACAAGGAGCUGCUGAAGGUGCAGUGGGACUGGCAGAUAGGGUUACUGUACAUCGGCUUUAGCGCCUGCAUGUUUGGCCUGUACAGCUUCAUGCCUGUGGUGAUCAAACGGACCAGCGCCACAACCGUCAACCUGUCUCUGCUCACUGCUGACCUGUACAGCCUGUUCUGUGGCCUCUUUCUAUUUCAGUACAAGUUCUCAGCGCUCUACCUGCUGUCGUUCUUCAUCAUCUUGCUCGGCUUGGUGGUCUACUCGUCCUCCUCGACCUACGUGGCGCAGGACCCCCGCGUUUAUAAGCAGUUCCGCAAUGCAGGAAAUCCCGUCCCGGACACGCCCAACGUCGGGCCCUUGGAGCCUUCGGUGACCUACAGCAGCCUGGGCCAGGAGAUAGAGGACGAGCCCCGGGUUCGGGUAGCCUGAGGGGGCGGAGUCUCAUGCACCCAAUCAUCCACAGGCCCCUCCCUCAGAGUGUAGAAAGUGAAUGAUGAUAAUCACAGAAUAAUGUAUAUAACCAUGUAGCAAACAAGUACACUGUGAUCACGAACUGUGACUAGGUAGCAGUGAUCUCGGACUGUCUCGGAUCCAUGGUGUAUAAAGCUCAUCGCCUCCACACGCGGCAGUUUAAGUGUUUAAGGAUCUGUGCUGACUGUAUCUCGAUUGUGACUUUUAUUUUCUUACAAAAGGUUUCGGUGUACCUGAAAUUUUUAUGUGCAUGUUUUUUGUUUUUUCUUGUUAUUAAUAUAGCGAAGGAACAAAUCGGCCAAAAAUAAAGUGUAAAAUCUGUCAUUGUGCUCCUUACGCUAAAUGUAGUCCAUCAGCUAAACUUUUGCACUGGAGCUACAAGGAGAACAUGGCUGAAAAGUUCAUAGCUACCAGUUCAGCCUAAUUUAGACUCCAUUCCUGAAUCACCUUACAAACUGUGUGGAGCGCUCGUGUCUCGUGUGUAUGUGUGUGUGUUGAGGCAUACAUUUUGAUUGAUUGUUUUCUUACUUCGUGUUUUUCUAUAAAAAUGUACAAAAGCAAAGAGCUGAAAACAGUCUCAGCUUCCUUAUAAUGCUGGCUUAGGCUCAGGCUCAGGUCGGAGGCGUGGUCUAGGAUGUGACGGAUGAAUAGCAUGCUAGGAGUGAUUUCUUUGAUAAUGUAGGACUGAUUUGAUUUUUAGAUUUAAUUUCCUUAAUACAGACUGUUAUUGUAUAAAACUGUUUACAAAUGUUGUUACAAGAUCUGUUACUGAUUCAGUUGCCAGGCUAAAAUGGUGGCUUGUACAUUUUUAUAUAUCAUCAUCGUUGAGUUCUCAAAUCUGAUUGGUUAAAAGGUGUUUAUCCUAUAAAUUUGGUGGAACAGCAUUUUUGAGAGAAGAACUGGCUGCAGUUUAAGGGUAAUGAGAAACAGGAUGGUGGCGGACUUUCAGGUCCUGGGAGUUCGAUUCCCACGCUAGUUCUGUGUGCAUGUUCUCCCCGUGCUUGGUGGGUUUCCUCCCACAGUCUAAAGACAUGCAGAUUAGGCUAAUUAGCGUUCUGAAAUUGUCCAUAGUGUGCGAAUGUUGACCGGGGGUCCUACCACAGUCGUACAAUAUGGGAAUAAAUACGAUUGUCACCAUUGGCCUUCACCGUCCCUAAUUUGACUCCAGAGGUUCCUAGAUGGAUGGAUGGAGAAACAGAGUAAAAUGUACUUUUUGGUUAACGGAGGAAAACAUAAUAGUUAAUAUUGUGAAUUUUUCUGUAAUGAUGUUUAUGAAAGAAGUAGUCUUGAGAGUGGGAAUCAGAGAACUAAAAAAAAAACUAACUAAAAAACUCUGAUAAGGGGAACUAACGAACAUAAGUGAGCGAAGGGAGGUGAUAACAUGAACUAACUUAUUUUGUGAUUGUUUUGUGUAGUAACUCUGCUUUAUAUCAGACAAUUGCUUGUCUAAUUUGUUAAAACAGCACAUUUCCAGAUGUUUAACUGCUUACACAUUUACUUCUUACCUAUUUUAGUGUCAUAGCUCCAGUGCAAAACUGAAAAAACUUCAGACACCAAAACAUUUUACGGCUAAUCGAGUACAUUUGGAGUAAAGAGAAGAAUUGUGCACAUUUAGUUUUUGUUGUUUUAUUGAGUUACAAUAAAUUAUAAACUGAUUUGUUAAGAGCCAGUGCCUUGCCAUAUAGAGGUAUUGUUGGAGAAAUACUUAACACUGUCAGUAUUCUGAGAACAUACGUAGAUUUGUGAGAAAGUACAUUGUCAGCUGGAAACUAAAAUAUAUAAUCACAAAACCAGAAUGAAAUACAAACACACACACACACACUCACUUAUGGGUCUAUUUUAUCUGUCCUGUUUUAAUGUUUUCAAAACAGCUUUUGUUAAACAUCCUUUUGAACAAACAAGAAGAAUGUCUAAGGUUUUUUUUUUAUUCUGUAAUGAAAAUAUAUGACAUUUUCCUUUCUAUUAAAUAUAAAGUAUGUGUACUAGCUUGAUUGUAAACUUGUAAAAAGAACAAAAAAAAAAACACUUACAUGCACUUGUCUUAUAUUUAAUUUGUUUUAUGGCUGGUCAUCAGCUGCAUCGUAGUCCUUUGAAGUAUUAUCAGCAUUUGGAUAAAGUCUGUGUAUAAAGUUAUUAUUUUCUGCAAAUUCUUCUUCUUAUAUAUAUAUUAUUUUUUAUUUGUCAUUUAUGUACUGGAAUUCUUAAUGUGUCUGAG